AUGACAAGCGCCCGAUGGACAAUGAGAUGGAAAUGGAAUCUCGAUGGGAAGGGGAGCGCAGGAACGCGGAGCCGGGAGGUUGACGGAGGAGAAGUCGCACGGCGGAGCGCUGAGAGCGGCGGAAAGAUGCAGCACCGAGCCAACAGCGCGGAGACACAACAGGGAGAGGAAAGAGAGCAACAGAAGAAUUCCAAGAAGCUUCUGGAUGAAGAAACCAAGCGAUUGCAAGAGUAG